GUAUUAUUAUUAUUAAUGUGUUUCGUUGUACACAAUGUUUUAUAUUUAUUUAGCUCAGGAGGUAAACUCUCAAAAAGAAAAGAUGACGUAUUUGUACACUCAUACCAGGAGAGAGGAUUCUUGCCCGAAGCACUUCUUAAUUUUGUUGCUCUCCUUGGUUGGUCUCCUAAAAGCAGUAUACAGGAGGUAUUCAGUAUUGAUGAGCUGGUGAAGUCAUUCUCAAUAGAACACAUUAACAAAGGAUCAGUUUUAGUUGAUGAAGCAAAGCUCCUAUGGUUCAAUGGCCAGCAUUACAAGCUACAGUGUAAAGACACUAACAAACUCAAUGGAUUCAUUGAGAGACUGAGGGCAGCACUCCUGGCCAGACAUGACUUAAAUUUAUCUGCUGAUGAUUAUUUGUUGUCCUCUGACUACCUAAAGCAAGUUCUGCUAACAGUUGAUGAAAGGUCUAGUCUUGUCUGUAAUAUUCCUGAUCUUGCUCCAUAUUUCUGGACUGAUCCAGACUACAGUGAAUCCAAACCACGAUCAAUACCUAACAGAGACUUGAUACAGGAUUUUGCUACGUUUUUAGAAGAAGAUUGUGAGGCAUUUAAUGAAAGCAGACUAAAACACUCAAUAAAGACUUUUAGCUUAAACAAAUCAGUGAAAGAAGGGAAGACAUUGUCAAUGAUUAGAUAUGUACUCUGUGGAGGAAUGGCUGGACCCACUGUUGUUGAUACUGCCAUUGUCCUCGGAAGAGAGAGAGUACUAAAACGUUUUCAACAUGCACUGAAAUCACUGUCUACAUAAUUUUUAACUUUAAUAUUGCCAUUCAUAAGUUUAAUCAUGUUCAUAGUUUUAAAAUUA